UCAAUAUUUGCUUGGUUGACUACCGCUGGUUUUCACUUCCGGGAUAUAAUCACGUGACUACCUACAAGCGCUCGAACAGUCGAGAAGCAAGGGCAAUGGUAACUACUUCGUCAACUUCACGUUAAGCCUGACGCCAGCUGAAGCGUAAUGAAUCCAGAGCGGCCCACAACAGGCUUCACCCUUCGGAGACAACUGGCAGAUUCAGCAGCCCGGGGCACAUGGAGCACCGGCCUACUGCAGGGCCUGAUCCAGAGUUCUGGGCCUCUUUGCUUCGGCCCCCUGCUCCCCAGGGUCCAUGCAGCUGACAUGGCUUCUGCCCAGCCGGCACAGAUGCCCUCAUCACCCUCCUCCACCUGCGCUGCUCCUGCACACAGCCUUACACCGAGCACCAUGCCAGACAACCUGCGCAAGCCAGAAUUCCCAGACACGGGCUGGGACCGCAUUAAAGAUCUUUUUCAGAAAAAUGCAACCGAGAACUGCUCAGAGGAGGUGACCAACGUCCUAAAAAGCGGAUUAGCGGCUGCUUUAGCAGGCUUUGUUUACGGUGGCCUGCCAGCAGCUCACCAUGCCAAGCAGAGAUAUAUCCAAAUGAGCCAAGCUGAACUCUACACUGGUCGUGUAGAAGCAGUGCGUGCGGCCCACAAUGCAGCUAUCCGCGGUUUUGUGAGAUAUGGAAUCCGAUGGAGCUGGAGAGUCGCUGCAUUCGUCACCAUUUUCAAUUCUGUCAGCACAGGCCUGUCGGUGUACCGAGACAAAUACACCCUUGGCCAUUUUGUUGCAGCUGGAGCUGUGACUGGAGGUCUUUAUAGGCUGAACCUGGGCCUGCGAGGUAUGGUGGCGGGCGCCAUCAUCGGAGCAGUGUUGGGGACUCCUACGGGCGCACUGAUGAUCGGCUUAAACUCACUGACAGGAGAAAAUAUCAGAGAAAGGAGGCGGCGUCACCGCAUGGAGCUGUAUGAACACCAGCUGGCAGAAUGGACAACCAGACUUCACCGGACUGACAAGUUGAUAGGCAAUCUGAACGUGGGCUCGAAGACAGAGGGGACCCAGAAGGAUAUGGAGAAGAUCCAGGAGAUCCUUAGUCUAUCGCAGAAUGAGGAUGUUGGUCAAGACUCUUCCUGAUGAACACUGAAGGUUCAAGGUUUCUGCUGUCGUGCACAGGGUGGCCCUAUAAACCCAAAUAAAUAUCACAACUUUUAUUUAUAAGCUACUUUUUAUUAGAAAUAGUGACAGUGAAGGAUUUUAGUUUCUAACCGUACUUUGAGGAGCCUAAGUAGGAUCCAGUGCAAGAGGAAAGCGAAGAACAACAACUUCAGAACUGAGGUUUCAUACUAUCUCAAAGGAUUGUUCUGGCACUUCCUUCGUCAGGGCCAGAUAGCCGCCCUUGCACAUGGUAUUCCACAUGUCUGUCUCCCUUUUGGAAAUGAUUAUGUACAUCAUUUAAAAAAUAUUGCACUAUAUGCAGUAUGGGUGUGGGGAAAAAAUCGAUUCGAAUACGAAUCGCGAUUCUCACGUUCUGCGAUUCAGAAUCGAUUCUCAUUUAAAAAAAAAAUCUAUUUAUUUUAUUUUAUUCUAUUUUUUUAAUCAAUCCAACAAACCAAUACACAGCAAUACCACAACAAUGCAAUCCAAUUCCAAAACCCAACCUGACCCAGCAACACUCAGAACUGCAAUAAACAAAGCAAUUGAGAGGAGACAAAAACAUGACACAGAACAAACCAAAAGUAGUGAAACAAAAAUGAAUAUUAUCAACAACAGUAUCAAUAUUAGUUAUAAUUUCAGCACAGCAGUGAUUAAAAAUCCCUAAUUGACAUUAUCAUUAGACAUUUAUAAAAAUUACAAAAAAAGAACAAUAGUGUCACAGUGGCUUACACUUGCAUCGCAUCUCAUAAGCUUGACAACACACUGUGUCCAAUGUUUUCACCAAGAUAAAAUAAGUCAUAUUUUUGGUGCGUUUAAUAGUUUAUUAAUUUAAUAGUUUAUUAAUUUACAUUAUUGCAAUCAGUUGAUAAAACAUUGUCCUUUACAAUUAUAAAAGCUUUUUUUAAAAAAAUGUACUACUCUGCUAGCAUGUCAGCAGACUGGGGUAGAUCCUGCUGAAAUCCUAUGUAUUGAAUGAAUACAGAAACGUUUUGAAUCGGAAAAAUAUGAUUUUUGAAUUGAGAACCGUGUUGAAUCGAAAAAAUCGAUAUAUAAUCGAAUCGCAACCCCAAGAAUCGAUAUUGAAUCGAAUCGUGGGACACCCAAAGAUUCGCAGCCCUAAUAUGCAGCUCGUUCAUUUCUGCAAGUAAACAUGUCAGUGCAGGUGAGCCUGUACAGGCGUAAUAUGAUAACAUUUUCUUGUUCUUGUCAAAAGUUUAUCAGCCGCAAUUUGUAACCAACUGUAAUCUUUCAAUUGUAGACAUAGUGGGACCCGAAAAUAAUGUCUUACAGUAAUUGAGACGAGACGUAACAAACACAUGAAUAAUGAGCUCAGCGUCGGUGGUGGACAAAAUGGAACAAACCUUGGCGAUAUUACGGAGAUGAAAGAAGGCUGUUUAGGUAACACAUUUUAUGUGUGACUCAAAUGAGAGAGUUGGGUUAAAGAUAAUACCGAGAUUCUUUACUGAGUCACUUUGUGUAAUUGUUUGGUUGUCAAAUAUUAGGGUAGUGUUAUUAGAUAAGUGCCGGUGUCUAGCAGGACUGAUAAUCAGCAAUUCUGUUUUCUUAGCGUUGAGUUGCAAAAAGUUGCUAAACAUUCAUUGCUUAAUUUCAUUAAGACGUGCCUCCAAGUGACAACCGCUUUAGGGGCAUGUAAAGUUGGGUGUCAUCAGCAUAACAGUGAAAGCUAACACCGUAUUUGCGUAUGAUGUCACAUAGCGGCAGCAUGUAGAUGCUGAAGAGUGCAGGGCCAAGAAUCGAACCUUAUGGAACGCCGCACGUUACCUUAGGUCACAUUCUUAUGGGAGACGCACCGCAUUUUGUCCGUAAGAUUGGAGUUAAACCAAGAAAAGGCUAAGUCUGACGUACUAGUAUGUGUUUUGAUAUGUUUUAAUAAAAUAUUAUGAUAGACAGUAGCGAAAGCAGCGCUAAGAUCAAGUAGAAGCAACAUGGAUGACUCAUCAGCAUUCAUCGUUAGCAUUAGAUCAUUAGUUAUUUUUGCGAAGGCUGUCUCCAUAAAGUGAUUUGCCCUGAAACCGGACUGAAAGUGUUCAGAGAUUGUUAGACGCCAAGUGUUCAUAUAGCUGCUCUGCAACAUUUUUUUCGAGGAUUUUCGAGAUAAGGGAAGGUGGGACACCGCCGGUAGUUAAGAAUGAGGUCAGGAUCGAGAUGGGGUCUUUUAAACAGAGGAUGAAUAAACACUUUUUUUAAUGCUAGGGGAACAGUACCAGAGGAAAGUGAUAAGUUUACAAUAUUUAGCACUGAUGGUCCUAAUAUUACAAACAGCUCCUUUAUAAGUUUCCCAGGAAGUGGGUCAAUGUUGUUUGUUUUAUCCCAUUUUUACAUCGCGGGAGUUUCUCUAAUGGUAUUUCAUCAAAAAGAGAGAGACUAUUUUGUAGGGCAAUGUCCAUCGUGCAUACAUUCGUAUCUGCAUUAAUAGAACCCAGUUGUAGAUGGGACACAUUGUCCUCUAUCUCCUUUCUAAUGACUUCUAUUUUCUUAUUAAAGAAAUUCAUAAAGUCAUCUGCCGAGUGGGUGGAGCUACUGGGAGGAGUCCCUUGUUGGGUUAGCGUUGCUACUGUACUGAACAAAUAUUUCGGAUUGUUUUUAUUGAGGAGGAUGAGAUUGGAGUAGUAGCUAAGGUAAGCGUGCGUUUAGAAGUUAAUAAACUAUCACUCCAUGCUUAAUGGAAAACCUCAAGUUUAGUCGCACGCCAUUUGCAUUCCAGCUUUCUACAUGAUAGUUUAAGGGCUCUAGUUUCUUCUAUAAACCAGGGAGUACGCCUUUUUAGGUACCUUUUUUAGCUUUAGCGGUGCUAUACUAUCAAUGGUGUUGCACAGAGUAUUGUUAAAGUUGUUAGUGAGGUUAUCGAUAGAGCCCACAUGAUUUGGGAAUGGCGCCAUUACCUGAAGGUAGUAGGCCAGCAAGGGUUGUAGUUGUGAAAGCAUUACUGCUGCGGCUGCUAGCACAGUGGUUAUUAGUAGAUUGUUGACAAUCAGUCAGAACUUCGAAUUUGAUAAGGUAACUAUCGGACAUUACUUUAAUGUAUGGAAGUAUCAUAACUUUAGAGGUGGUGACACCCCAAACAAAGACUACAUCUAUCAUAUUACAGUUGCGAUGCGUGGGUUCAUUUAUUAUUUGUGUAAGACCACACACUACCCAUGUAGUCUGGAGCGGAGCGCAGAAAGAGUCUGAAGGGGUAUUCACAUGGAUAUUAAAAUCUUCCAUUAUAAUUAUGUUAUCUGCGUGUGUCACUAGUUCAGCGACAAACUCUGAAAAUUCAUUGAUAAAAUAGGGCACGGGGGGGGUGGUAGAUAACCGCCAGAUAAAGAAGGAUCGGUGUGACAGACCUCAUAGUAAGCACCUAAAACAAUUUCUAUGUAUUACUUAGGUUAGGGGUAAGGUUAAGGUUUUCAUUGUUUAUUAGUGCGACCCCUCCACCCCUUUUUUAAGGGAACGGGCAAUAUGUGCAUUCGUAUAUUUAGGAGGAGAUGCCUCGUUAAGCGGGAAAAAUUAAUCUGGUUUUAACCAGGUUUCACUGAGACCAAUGACGUUAAGAUUGUUGUCUCUAAUGACGUCAUCAACUAAAAACAUUUUGGGGGACAAUGAUUUGAUGUUUCAAAAAACAUUAUCCAAUCCAAUCCAAUCCACUUUAUUUAUAUAGCACAUUUAAACCACAAUAACGUUUCCAAAGUGCUGCACAGCCGUGUUAAAAACAAUUGUAAAAAAAUAUAUAUAUAUAUAUAUAAAACCAAUAAAAACAAUAUAAAAACAAAUAUGAUUAAAAACUAUUUUAAAGGGUAAAAUCAAUUAAAACAGUAAAAUAGAAAUCAAAGUGUAUAAAAAACACAGAGGACAACAGAGGACCACACAACUCACGUAGUGUUAAAAGCCAAAGAAUAAAACCAAUAAAAACAAUAUAAAAACAAAUAUGAUUAAAAACUAUUUUAAAGGGUAAAAUCAAUUAAAACAGUAAAAUAGAAAUCAAAGUGUAUAAAAAACACAGAGGACAACAGAGAACAGAGGACCACACAACUCACGUAGUGUUAAAAGCCAAAGAAUAAAAGUGGGUCUUAAGACGAGACUUAAAACACUCCACUGUGGAAGCAGUUUGAACAUGGAGCGGCAGAGUGUUCCAGAGCUUAGGGCCGACCACAGAGAAGGCCCUGUCUCCCCUGGUCUUAAGUCUGGUCUUGGGCACCACGAGCUGGAACUGGCUCUCGGACCUCAGAGCGCGCGCAGGAAUGUAAAUUUGGAUGAGGUCCGAGAUAUAUUGAGGUCCCAGUCCAUGUAAAGAUUUAAAAACAAACAGCAAUGUUUUAAAACCAAUUCUAAAAUGAACAGGGAGCCAGUGCAAACUCUGAAGAAUUGGGGUUAUAUGUUGGCGUUUCCUGGCCCCUGUUAAAAGUCGUGCUGCCGCGUUCUGGACUAACUGCAACCGGGAGAGAGCUUUUUGGCUAAUGCCAGCAUAAAGUGCAUUGCAGUAGUCCAGGCGACUUGAAAUAAAAGCAUGCACGACUUGUUCAAAAAGGUUAAAAGAUAAAAACGGUUUAACCUUUACUAAAAGACGAAGGUGAUAAAAACACGAUUUUAAAACGCCAUUGACUUGUUUGUGUAGUUUAAAAUCGCUGUCUAUAGUGACGCCAAGGCUGGUGACUUUGGGACGCACAUAAUUUUGCAAUGGUCCCAAGUCAGUGAGGGCCGUACCAAAAACCAAAAUUUCCGUUUUUCCCCUCAUUCAUUAUUAAAAAAUUCUGGGCUAACCAAGCCUUGACGUCACAUAGACAGUUAAGAAGGGUAGUGGGCUGUAUUGAGGAUUUUUUCUUAGUGGUGUCCGUAGUAGUGGUAUUAAUAACGGUACAUUUAUUUUGUGUAGUGCGUCUUAAAUAAUUUUGACCACAUCUAGGACUUGAUAUGAUGUUGAACUUCAGAUUAUUGGUUUGGUGCUGUAAUAUAUUGACCGUGUCAUAAUUUGCCACCUCAGUAGAAUGCAUUUUCACCUCUUGCACAGUCACUACAGAAGAAAUAUUAUGUGAGUCAUGUAUUAUUCUACGAAAAAUGCUUUGUGUACAGGAAAUGUUCCAUUAUGUCUGCGUCCGAACUUGUUCUGGUGUUGUUAGUCAAGUGUGACUCAGCCAGUAAUCCAUGUUCCUAGGUAGAGUGAUGGUGCCUUCCCGGUUAGGGUGAAGGCCGUCCCUCAUCAGCAAGCCCGGUUUGCCUCAGAAACAGGGCCAAUUAUCAAUAAACUUUAGUCCCUGUUCUCUACAAAAACUAGUCAGCCACUUGUUAAGCGAGACUAAUCUGCUGUACCUAUCAUCAUUGCCUCCCGCAGGCAGGGGGCCAUAGACAAGUACUCGAUGCCUGGAUAUCUUUCUUGCGAGAUUACAAGUUCUAGCUAUGUUCGUCUUUGUAAUCAGCUUAGUGUCGUUGGAGCCAGCGUGUUAAAUUAGUAUACUACUAUUCGCAUAGCUAGUGUUGCGAUUAUCCUGUCGUACGUGUUUACUAAGACUGUUGUGAGUUAGCUCCCUAAGAUUAGCUUCAAUGUCAGGUGCUCUGGCCCCGGGAAUACACAGAUAGAAAGAUAAUACUUAGUUUUUAGCGCUGCAACAGCGAGCAGUCACAAACACGGCAAAACAGGAAACAUUAAUGGCUAUAGAAGUCAGCUUUGAUUGAUUGAUAUUUAUUGAAGUAAUCUUUGUGAGUGUAUCUGACAUUACUGUUUGUAGCUCUUAGUGCAAUUAGUAUGUCAUGAAAAAUAGCAGUCCUGUAAAAGUCUGGAAUAAAUGUGUUUUGUUUAAUGCGG